AUGAGCUCUGGAUGCCAUCCGCAGCAGGCGGAGCCGGACCUCUUCCGACGCUUUGCGGCCCGGCUGCCACAAUGGCCGAGGGCGAGGGCGGGUCCUGUGCUCCAGAAGAGUGAAUUGCUGCUACUCGCUCUGAACGGCGCUGCGACGGAGGCCGGCGCGCCCGUUGCCGCGCCCGAGGCGUCGUCCGCAGCGCGUGCGGGCGAGGCGGGCUCCGCUGGCCGCUCGUGGAGAGAGCUCUCCGGCCGCGUCGUCGGCCGCGAAGGCCUCUCUCCCUUGCUCCGGAAGAAUGGCCGCUCAACACUUGUGUCCGAUGAGCAAAAUGUCUCGCCAUUAGGCUACACGUUUGGAGACGUCUCGCGCGCCAUCACGGCGGUGGUGCGCUCGGCGGCGGGAGGCUACGUCUCUGCGCCGGCCGGUGGCGCCGCCGCCCCGGACGGAGAACUGAACAGCACAGCAGCUGCAGCAGCAGCAGCCUCCGGGGCGGACGCUGCGGCGGGCUGCCAGGCUGCGGCUGAAGCUGGGUCGGCGGGGCGGGAGGCUGCCGCGAGGGUAGCGGCCGGCGGCGACGCUGCGCAGGCCGGCGGCGCCGGUGGAGCGCGCGCCGCCGACGGCGAGGGCGUCGGCGCCGGCGAGGGCGGCUGCAGCGGGCUUGGCUGCGGCGAUGGCCGCUGCGAGGCGGCGUGCUGGGUGCGGGGUGCGGCGUCGCUGUCGCCGGACGAGCAGCGGGCGUGGCUCGCGCGCGCCGAGCAGGCGGCCGCGGGCGAGCUCGGCGCUGAGGCGCUGAGGCGAGUGGUUCUCCUCGAGGCGGUGGACGCGCGAGUCAUUCUCCUCGAGGCGACGGACGCGUCCCGCCCGGCCGGCGCCGCUCUCGCCCGCGCGUUGGCGCGUUUCUCAGAGGCGCACGGCGCGGCGGGCGGCGGCAGCGCCGGCGGCAGCGCCGAAGGGGCGGCGGGCGGUGGCGCGGCGGGCGGGGCGGCGGGCGAGGGGGCGAGAGGGGAGGGCGGGGCGGAUGUGGCGGGUGUGGCGGGCGGAGGCACCCGCACGGUGGUCGCGGGUGCGGUGGCGGGGGUGGCGGCGGGCGCCGUGGUCGGCGUGGCGGCGGGGGCCGCUGUCGGCGCCGCGGCGGGCGGGCGGCUGCUGUGGCGCUCGCGGGCGGCGGCGGAUGCGGCGGCGGCGGCGGAGGGCGCGGGCUGCGAGGCGGGCGGCGGCGCGGGCGCGGCGGGCGCGGCGAUCGCUUCGCUCCGCCGGGAGCUGCAGGAGCUGUCUGUGCUGCUUGCGGCGCAGCUGCCUGCGGUGGUGUGGGAGAGCGCGCGGUGGCGGAGGCAGGUCCUCGAGGCGGUGGAGGAGGCGGCGGUGCGCGGCUGUUGGCGCGUGCUCGCGGAGCUGUACGCCGCGCGAGAGGCCGAGAGCGUCAGCCGUCUGGCCGAGCUCUGCCACGCCCUGCGGACGGUGUUGCCCCUCGACCUGCGGCUGCCUCGCGCCCUCUGCGCCAUGCCGCCCGAGGUCUUCUCCGACCGCGCGGCUCUCGAGGCGAUGCGGCUCGCCGACCUGUCCGACACGCGGCUGCCGUACGCCUCCGCCAUCCGCACGUUGCGCACGCUGCUGCACGUGCGCACCGCGCGCGAGAAGGCGCGCGUGCUGCUCGAGGUGUGCGAGGAGGUUGCGAGCGGCGCGCAGCACUCGGCGUCGCUCCACGAGGCGGCGAGCGGCGGCGGCAGCGACGGCGAGCGAGGCGCGCCUUGUCUCGGAGCGGAGGACUUGCUGCCCAUCACGGUGUACGUGGUGCUGCGCUCGCGCGUCGCGGUGCUGCCCUCCGAGCUCGAGCUGGUGGCGGAGCUGCUGCCGUCCGAGCUCGCAGGCGGGCGAGAGGGCUACGCGCUCACGACGAUGCAGUGCGCGUGCCACGUGCUGCUGCGGACCCCAUUCAGCCAAGGGCUGCUCGAGGCGUGCGGCGCCGAGGCGGAGGCGGGCGCGGGCCCAGCUGGCGCAGCUUUGGGCGACGGGGGUCGGGGAGACCCUGCUUUAUCGUAUUCAGUGAGUCUUUGAGACGGUCACGCGACCUCCUCGACGCUCGCGAGAGCAAAGAGGAGGGGUGUUCGUCAGAAGCGGCCGUCCCGCCCUCUUCUAUAAACAAAAAACGGACACGCC